GAAACAUUUGGAUAUUUCUGUCAACAAUUUGGGGUACGCAGGUAUUAAGGCGCUGGCUCCGGUCCUGGAGACCACUUGCAUCACCCACCUUUCCCUGCAGCGGAACAACAUGGGUGACAAUGGUGGGAUGGUCCUGUUUAAAGCGAUUGCUGGAGCCAUUGAGGAUGGAGAGGACAAGCUUGAAUAUCUAAAUUUGGAGGUUAACGAACUCGGAGAGAAGACGGCCAAGGCAAUGCAGCGAGUCCUGUCAUCUUCAACGGCAUUAAAGACACUGCGGCUUUCUUACAAUAGCUUUGGGGGCGCCUCCAAGUAUAUUAUGGAAGGGCUGGCAGAAAACAAGUACCUCCGUUCACUUUUCCUUUCUUUCUGUGAGAUUCGCGAGGCAGAUGGGGCCGCAAUUGGAACGGCUCUCACGGCGAACAGCACGCUGCAGCAUUUAGAUCUGUCGAACAACAAACUUAAGGAUGCUGGGUCAAAAUGUAUCGCGGAGGCCAUGAAGACAAACGAAGGGCUUAUUUCACUCAAUCUCUCCUGCAACAAGAUCGCUGAUGACGGAGGGAAGGCCAUUGCAUUAUUUUUGACCAGCAAUCGUACCCUUCGAGAGUUGAAUCUGCGACGCAAUUGCAUGUCAAAUGCCACGGGAGAGCUUUUGGACGAUCAGCUCAGAGGAAAUAUGACGCUGGAGAAGAUGAAUGUCGGAUUCAAUGACUUCCGAUAUAAAUCUCUUAUUGGCCAUCGGACGACAUUGGCGCGAAACGCGGAGAAGAACAAGAGCCUUAUUGUUCCGAAGCUCAGGGCCGAGAUUGAGGGUCUCUCUUUCAAGGAAAGGGACUUGUCUCAGGCCGAAGACGAAAUUGAAAUGGAACGGCGCAUCAUUAAGGAUCGGAGCGAGCAGUUGUUGCGCCGUAAUGAAGAGGCUCGCGUCGCGUCCGAGAAGGCGCGGCGGGAAAUUGCGGAUCUUGAAAAGAACUUGGCCGCCGUACGCGUCCGUUUUGAGUCCGCCGAGGAGGUCCUCCUACGCACCGAGGAGCGGGUGAGCAACGAGAUGGCGGAGAUCUCGGGGCGUAAGGCAAACAUGGAGGCUCGCGUUCAGCAGGAGAGGGAAAAAGUGGACCGUUUGCAGCGUGAGAUGGACCGUGUGCGACGGCAACUGAAACAACUGGAGGAGGCGGAGGCGUCACGCCUGAAGCCUCUUUUCUUGGAGUUUGGCAUCGCAGAGGCGGACAGGGACCGUGAGGCGAAGGAAUGUCAAUACGAGGCCGACAAACUUGCCGCUCUGGAGCUUCAACGGAAGGAGUUGGAGAAGAAGUUGGGCCUCUCUCUUCCCGUGGCGGGCGGUGUGUCUGCACCAACGGCCAAAAAACGGAAGUAG